GCCGAAGCUGCAUGAUGAGGUCCCGGCUGAUCGGCCCGAGCUCUUCAAACGGAAGCUGCAGGCCUGCUGCACGGCCUUCGACUUUAAUUCCGAGAGUGACAUGAAAGCGAAGGAAGCCAAACGGCAAACACUGCUCGAACUUGUCGAGUAUGUCAACAGCACACGGAGCUGCUUCCAGGAGUCUCUGAUUCCGGACAUCGUGAAAAUGGUCGCCUCGAACAUCUUCAGAGCACUCCCGGCGAAGGACCGCUCUUCGAUGUCUUUGUCAGAUCCUGAUGAGGAGGAGCCAGUUCUUGAAAAAGCCUGGCCCCACCUACAGAUAGUGUACGAGUUCUUCCUUCGCUUUGUCGUCUCCAACGAAGUCGACCCCAAGGUGGCGAAGCUUUCCCUAGAUACCAAUUUUGUUUCGCAGAUGCUGGAGUUGUUUGACUCCGACGACCCGCGAGAACGGGACUACGUAAAGACGAUCACGCAUCGGAUCUACGGAAAAUUUAUGGCUCUGCGUGCCUUCAUCCGCCGAGCCAUUCAGAACACGUUUUUCAAGGUGAUGUAUGAGUGUGAGAUGCACAACGGUGUCGGGGAGCUCCUCGAAAUACUGGGGAGCAUCAUCAACGGGUUCGCACUGCCGCUGAAAGAGGAGCACAAGGACUUCUUGGUGCGUGCAUUGAUCCCACUUCACAAGAUGAAGUUCCUUGCGAGCUUUCAUCAGCAACUCUCUUACUGCAUGUCGCAGUAUGUCGAGAAAGAUCCUCGACUUGCCUAUGUCAUCAUCACCUCGAUGCUGAGAUAUUGGCCAGCAACCAUCACCUCCAAGCAGGUGCUCUUCCUGAACGAGUUGGAGGAGCUGCUGGAGUUGACCAAGCCGCCUGAGUUCAUUCGACUGCAGGACCAGCUAUUUCAAAGACUCGCCUCGUGCAUCACCUGCCCUCAUUUUCAGGUGGCCGAGCGAACACUCUUCUUGUGGAACAACGAUUACAUCGUCCGGCUGAUCACAUCCAGUCGGAAGGUGCUCUUUCCGGUGGUCAUCGGGGCGCUCUACAUGAAUUCAAAGCAGCAUUGGAACAGUGCGGUCCAUGGCCUCACGUUCAAUGUCCUUAAACUGUUAAUGGAAGCUGAUCCUCAGCUCUUUGACGAGUGUUCUGCGAAUCACAAAGAAGCCUAUGAUGAAGAGGAGCAGCCGUGA